AUGACGGAUCAUCAUGUUUUAUACUAUGAAACUGCCAUGACUCUGUGGCAGUACAACGAUGAGUUGAUGUGCAAAAUGUUUCCACAGUCACUGGCUGGUGGAGCAAUAAAUUCAAUCAGCUCCCGGCUCAGUCGAUCGAUACUUACCAAAAGCUGGUUGACGAAUUCUGCUCUCACUACAAGUGUGUACGGUUCCUUGGGCAAGAGAUCACCAAAGACUCUGGAAGAACUGUAUGAUCGAGCAGAAGAAUACGCUCAAGUUGAGGAUGAUUCUAAAGCUCGAGAGACAAGAGAAGUUAACAGAUCAUCCAAUCAUCCAAAUGAUGGGAAGAAAGACAAGUCAAAGAACCGUUCAAGUGGACAACAUAACGAUCGAGGUGAAGUUCGAGAAAAAAAUCAAGAGGAACGAAUGAAAACUGGAUAUCAGAAAUAUCAUGAUAUGAAGCUGACACCAUUGAACAUACGGCUUACAGAGUUGUAUGAAAAAAUAAGCAAGGAUUUGAGCCCCCCAUGGCCUUUGCCAGCAGAGACACGUGAUCAGAGCAAAUACUGCAAUUAUCAUAAAGAUCAUGGUCACAAGACUGAGAAUUGUCGCUAUUUACAGAUCGAAGUCCAGCGAAUGAUAGACGCUGGAAAGCUACAAGAGUACGUGAAAAAGGAUUUUGGGAAAUGUUCGGGAUAA